AUGAACGCUGAAAAGACUACUCUAUCCAACGGUUUCGCGCCGUUAACGACAUCAACGGUCAACGGAGAGUACGCGACCAUGGCGUCCAUAAUCACAUCCACCUCACCACGAUCACGGAAUCAAUCCGGAGAACAAGAUGAAGACGAUGAAACCAAGUCAUUACUCGAUUUCGAGAACCCAGGACCGGCGACACUACUCUUCUGUCUGAUCCUCAACAUGCUCGUCACGAUAUCUUGGUACUACAUCAACAUCGACACCUCCGUGGCCGACACGAUAACGACGAGUCUGCUAUGCCGCUACAUCUACGACGCUCUGGUACUCAUACCCAUGGGCCUGUUCUCGCUUUUCGAGUGUCUGUAUUGUUUUGGCACGUUGCUGUGUCUGAGAAGAGACGACCGCGCACUUUGUAUUGCAAGAGUGGCACUUGGAGGCAUGCUCGGCGCGUCGGUGAUUGUCAAAUUUGGACUGGGGGCUGGUGUCCUUGAUGCAACUUCUUGGGCUCAGUUGUGCUUCUGGGCCGUCACCGGAGUGUUGCCUGGUGCUGGUGCUGUGGCUCUGAUUGGCUUCUCCUGGGACUGUAUGUACUGGGGUUGCUCGAGGGAGGACGCGAGUGUGGUGGUGGUCAUGAUGGAUGAGAAGAAACCACUUUUGGGGAAGGAAGAUGUUUGA